AUGGAUUCCUUUGACCGCCUCAAUCAUCUCACUCAGCCUGCAGUUGAGAAUCUUCCCCAGCUGCAACAGCCUGCCGCUGUUCACACUCGCUAUGCCGUCAAGAGUGAGGAUGAAGCUUCCGUUGACGCAUCCAGCGCGACUGUGCAGACUAAGAUUUGGUUCAAAUCGCCACCAUUGAGCACCCUGACGCUUCGCAUGAUUCGUGCGAUUAAACUAUUUGCAGAGUCACACGAUCAAGGAUUCGUCUCUGCUUUGGAGCAGGGCAACUGGACCUGGCUCGAGCUAGUCAUCCUCGACAGCAAAGACGCAACGUCUCCUAAGAAGGACCGCAAUGGCAAGGAGCUUGUUGUCACAAGCCAUACCAACAAAGUCGGCUCCAAGGAUUACGAGUGGAUGCAGGGUGACACGUUUGAUACAAGCCGUCACUUUCUGAAGUCGCUCGAGGCUGGAAAUGUGAUUGCAGUCCGGCUUUGCGCUCGUUUCGCCGGUUGGAAGAUCUCUGCGAGGAAUGGACACCUCGUUAUUGACAUUAAAGAUGACAAUGACCAUUUCCCUAUCACCCCGAUUUCCAUCAAUACCAAUGAUGCGAUUCCCCCGCGUCGAAACAUUGAAGCCUGGUACGAAGAGGCAAAGACCAACAACAAGAUAGCACUUGAGCUAUCCUUGUUCAUUCGAGCCGUGACGGCCUUCCAGACUCUUCCCCCUGACAACCAACUUUCGUUCUACCGCAUCGCUGGCAUUCACGGCUAUCCCUACAAUGUUUCGUGGAACAUGGGUGAGGCGCCGAUACCACUCAAUGCCGCGGAUAUUAAAGCCCAGAAGCUGGGAAACAAGGGAGGCUUUUACUGCCAGCAUAAUAAUUACUUGUUUCCCACUUGGCACCGCGCGUACAUGAUGCUAUUUGAGCGACGAGUCAGUGACCUCAUGAUGGAAGAAGCUGUGAACCGUGGCAAUGGAAACAAGGAAUGGGUUUCUGCGGCAAAGCGCUGGCGCUUGCCCUACUGGGACUGGGCUCUGAAACCAAGUCUUCCCGACCUGGCCCGGAAUGAAAAGAUUUCCAUUAUCAGCUCUUGGGACGGCGAAGGCGAACCUCAGUAUGAAAGCGUGGAGAAUCCCAUGUAUCGAUUCCAGAUGCCUGGUCACAAGCCCAUGGGCGACGAUACAUAUGGCGACUAUCGCAUCGACAACAAAGAAGACACCCCAUGGGAACUGUGUAUCGGUACCAGCCGUCAUGGCAUCACACUCCGUGACAAAGAACGAAAGUGGGUUGAGGGAGUAUCCAACAACGAGCAAGUGGACUUGUCCCUGCAGGGUGUUCACGAAGACUUGAACAACCUAACGCUCAAGGACGCCGUGUUUCGACUGCUUACGCAUGAUUAUACCACCAAAUACGUGCAUUUUGCUUCUACCAAGCAUGACGAGGAAAAGCUGGAGAAAGCACCGGGAGACACUGCUAAAGGAUACCUCAACCUCGAGACUUCAUUGGUGGCGGUACAGAUCGUGCUGGUAUGGGCCAUAUGGGCUCUGUACCAGUGGCCGCAUUCGACCCCAUUUUCUGGCUGCAUCAUUGUAACAUUGACAGACUCCUUCAUUUGUGGCAAUGCUCCAAUCCAGAAAGACCUUGUUCCCUUCCAUGCUUCAACUGAACCCGAUGACUUCUUCAAUUCCAACAAGGUUCGCCAUGUUGAUGCGCUAAACUAUACCUAUGAUUACAUGGACCAGAUCACUGAUGAGUUUGGAGACAUGAUCCCGGCCAAGAGUCACAUUUACAUCAACAAUCUGUACGGGCCCCCAGCUCCGGCCUUCCAACAUCGCGAAGAGUCAAAGGACCCUCUCAUCAAUAUCGUCUAUAACCGGUAUUGCUUGGACGGCAAAUCAUACACCUUGCUCUUCUUCCUUGGCGAGGUUGACCGCGAAACGCCAUACAACCAGCAGAAGAGUCUUGUCGGCAGUAUCUUCACAUUCAGCACUACCCUUAAAGAGGACACUGUUACAUGCAAGAACUGCUAUGAACAGAAGCGUGCCAAUGUCUUGUCUCGUGCCCAAAUCCCGCUCACGCGUGCUGUGCCCAUCGAGCACCGUGAGACAUCAGCAAAGGCCAUGAGCUAUUUCCAGGAGAAUCUUAAAUGGACUGCCAUUAAUGAGGCUGGUAGGGUCAUUGCCAGGGAAAGGUUGACAGACCUGAAGAUCACACUGUUCAUUGGAGUCAACCAGCUUCAAGGCAGUUUGGGCAGAGAGUCAUUGUUCAAGUUUGAUGAUUACAAGGAACAGGAGUUCAACUGGGAGAGUGCUUAUAGUGGGUAG